UAUUAAGAAUAUGAUUCUCUUCGCACUAGACGAAUGUAAGUCUUUACAAUAGUAGGGCAUUUUCACUGCACAAGCAACGAUUAGCCAGUAUUAAGGGGUACGAGAAUAAGCAAAUCUCCAGCGUUGUGGCCAGAGUUGAG